AUGGACUUGACAGGGGACCUCCCGACGCAGCCCGGCUCUCGCGGCCUGGCCAUGCUCGCCGCCGGAAUCGCGAGAAGCCUCGCCAAGGAGAACGCGGGCAGCAACCUGGUGUUCUCGCCGCUGUCCAUCUACGCCGCGCUCGGACUCCUGGCCGCCGGCGCCCGGGGCGACACCCUGGACGAGAUCCUCCGCGUCCUCGGCGCGCGGUCACGCGGCGAGCUCGAGGAGUUCGUCUCCUGCGUGGCGGAAGAGGUGUUCGACGACCACUCAGGCUAUGGCGGGCCGCGCGUCGCGUUCGCCUGCGGCGUCUGGAGCGACCUGACGUGCCCGCUGAAACCAGCCUUCCGCGAGGCCGUCGUGGGCACGUACAAGGCCGAGGCGAGCACCGUCGACUUCACCAACGAUCCGGAGGCGGCGCGGGGCCAGAUCAACGCCUGGGUCGCGCAGGUGACGCAGAACCUGAUCGGCUCCGUCUUUGGUCCGGAAGCGAUAAAGCCGUUCACCCGCGUCGUGCUCGGCAACGCCAUGUACUUCAAGGGAAGCUGGGCCGAGUCCUUCGACAAGAGGGACACGACAAACAAGCUUUUCCACCGGCUCGACGGCAGCACCGUCGACGUGCCCUUCAUGCAAAGCUGGGAUCGCCAGUACAUCGCCGUGCACCACGGGUUCAAGGUCCUCAAGCUCCAGUACCAGAUGCAGAGCGAUCCUUUCGCGUUCGCGGGUCAGUCCCGCACACAAUUCUCCAUGUGCAUCUUCCUCCCGGACGCCGUGGAUGGCUUGCGGAGCCUGGUUGACAUGAUAGCAUCCCAGCCUGGCUUCAUGCACCAGCACCUGCCGAAGAAUAUGCUCGCCGUCAGCCAGUUCCGGUUGCCCAAGUUCAAGCUGUCAUUCCAAGGCAGCAUCGUUGCAAUCCUCAAGAACCUGGGGCUUCAAUUGCCGUUCGGCGAUCUGGCCGAUCUGUCUGAUAUGGUGGCGGACAAUGAGUCUGGCUUACCACUGGAAGUGAGUGAGGUCAUCCACAAGGCGGCCAUCGAGGUUAACGAGGAAGGUACCGAAGCUGCAGCUGCUUCCGUCAUGAGCAUUCAGUAUGGAUGUAGCGCAAUACCGCCACCGUCACCUCCUCGAGUGGAUUUUGUAGCUGAUCAUUCCUUCGUGUACUUCAUUGUCGAGGAGGAUACCGGCGUUGUUGUCUUUGCGGGGCAUGUCCUCGACCCCUCUAAAGAGAACUGCAUGAACGGCGGUGUCAUGGUGGUGUUCAUCUUCGUGUUCGGUGACGUGGUGAUGUGUGUGACCGGCGUGACCAGCGGUCCCAUGGUGGUGUUCGGCAACGUCGUCGGCGACAUGGUAAUGCGUCUGACGGGGCAUGAACGACAGUGUCAUGGCGGUGUUUGUCUUCGUGUUCGGCGACGUGGUUAUGCCUGUGACGGGCAUGACCGGCGGUGCCAUGGUGGUGAUGGUUAUGAGUCAGCGAUGGAAGCGACGAGGAACCCGAUGGCGCAGGCUGACCUUGUCGGCCUGGCGGCGCUCUCAGCCGGCCUCGCGAGGUCCCUGGCCGAGGAGAACGCUGAAAACAACCUGGCCGAGGCUAGCACCGUCGACUUCAUCAACAACCCAGAGGAAGCACGGAGCCAGAUCAACGCGUGGGUAGCGCAAGCCACGAGCAAUCUGAUCGGAUCCAUCUUCGGUCCGCGAUCAAUCACCCCGCUCACCCGCGUCGUCCUCGGCAACGCCAUAUACUUCAAGGGCAAGUGGGAAAGGCCCUUCGACAAGAAGCGCACAACCAACAAGCUUUUCUACCGCCUGGACGGCGGCACCGUCGACGAUGUGCCCUUCAUGAAGAGCCGGUCGUCCCAGUUCAUCGCGGUGCACAACGGAUUCAAGGUGCUGAAACUCCGGUACCAGAUGGCACAAGCGCAAGGCUAUGCGAAGGAGUCCUCUGAUCGUAACAAGCGCACCAAGGUGUCCUCUGUCAAGCCUACACAGUUCUCUAUGUGCAUCUUCCUCCCUGAUGGCCGCGACGGCUUGCCGAACCUGGUUGACAUGAUAGCAUCCCAGCCCGACUUCCUGCACGAGCACCUGCCGAAGAAGAAGGUCGAAGUCGACGAGUUCCGAGUCCCAAAGUCACUACGUCAGUUUAAGUUGUCCUUCGAAAACAGCGUCGUCACCAUUCUCAAAAAGCUGGGGCUUCAGUUGCCAUUCAGUGACCAAGCCGAUCUGUCUGGCAUGGUAGAGCCUGAUGAAUCCGGCUUGCCAUUGGUCCUGAGUGAUGUCUUUCAUAAGGCGAUUAUCGAGGUAAACGAGGAAGGCACCGAAGCUGCGGCUGUCACCAUGAUGAGCAUAAGGGUAGGAUGUUCGAUGAGACCACGGCCGCCACCUCCUCAAGUAGAUUUUGUCGCUGACCAUCCGUUUGCCUACUUCAUAGUGGAGGAGACAACCGGUGCAGUUGUGUUUGCAGGGCAUGUCCUCGACCCAUCUAGAGAGAACUAG